GCUAUCACCACCAGGGGAAACUAUAUAUGGAGCUGUCGCAUUUUCGUAAUAUUCUUAUCGAAAUAGUCGAUCUUACCCGUUUACACGCUGCAAGUCUGAACACGGAGUAAAAAUGAAGAUUUCUCUGGCUGUGGUACUUAUUUUUGGUUGUCUCCUUAUCGACUUUGCAGCAGGAAGGCCGAAGUGCGAUGACAGCCCGACACUGUGCACAUUGCAGUAUGACCCAGUCUGUGGCUCCGAUGGCAAAACCUACGGCAAUAUGUGCUUUCUGAAGGCCGCCAUAAAGUGCAACCCAGAUCUCUACAUGAAGCAUAAGGGUGCAUGCCCCGAACCAAACAUGGGAUGAGAUAUAAUCAUAGAAACUUUCCGUAGAUGGUGCACUAUUGAAGUCAACCAGUUUCGAAACGUUCAUUACGAAUUAGUGCAUAGUAAACGUAUGAACAGCAGGAGUGGAACAAUUAACAUAGAUACCAAUGAAAACAGUUUAAUUGCACUAUAUAACUAGUUGUACAAGCAAAAAGAAAUUAAGCGCAGUUAA